CAGACGGAUCUUCCGGCAGGUCUAAACGGAAGUAGGUACGUGGCUGCUUCAGCUGACAGUCUACAAUGAUGGCGACAGAGGUUCAGAGCGGCGACCUCGACAGCGCUACAACCAGCCGGCUCGAAGUUUCCAUCGACGGCCUCACCCUCAGCCCAGACCCGGAGGGUGAGCAGAACCAGGUCGAAGAACCGAAUCCCGCACCCACGGAACCUGGGAACGAUAAACCGGCGGACGAAGAGGGCAACGAUGGAGAGACAGACAAAUCUGCGAUAGAGAGGAAAUGGGGCUUUCCUUUACAGGAGCUGUACGGACUGGCACUUAAAUUUUUUAAAGAUAAAGAUGGAAAGGCCUUUCACCCUACUUAUGAAGAGAAGCUUCGACUGGUGGCCCUUCACAAGCAAGUGUUGCUGGGCCCUUAUAAUCCUGAUGCGUCCCCAGAAGUUGGCUUUUUUGAUGUCCUGGGAAAUGACCGCAGGAAGGAGUGGGCGUCCCUGGGUAAUCUGGAAAAAGAAGAGGCUAUGGUGGAAUUUGUCAAGCUUCUCAACAAGUGCUGUAACCUCUUUGCUCCUUACGUCAUAUCGCACAGGAUUGAAAGGGAGGAGCAGGAGCGGAAAAGGAAAGAGGAGGAGGAGCGACUGAGGCAAGAAGAGGAGGAGAGGGAGCGACAAAGGCAGGAGGAGGAGAGACGGAGGCUUGAGGAGGAGGAAAGGUUGAGAAGAGAGGAAGAGGAAAGGAGACAGGCAGAGGAGGAGAGGCUAAGGAUUGAGCAGCAGAAACAACAGAUAAUGGCGGCGUUAAACGCCCAGACAGCGGUGCAGUUCCAACAGUAUGCUGCACAGCAGUACCCCAAUAACCCAGAGCAACAGAUAAGCCUUAUCCGCCAGCUUCAGGAGCAGCACUAUCAGCAGUACAUGCAGCAGCUCUACCAGGUCCAGCUCGCUCAGCAGCAGGCGGCCUUACAGAAGCAACAGCAGCAGAAUGAUUCGGCGCUGCUUGGUACCUUGGAUUCUAACAGCUUUAACAGUGGUGAAAUCACCUCUGCCUCAGCAGCUGGGACAUUAUGUGCUUCUUCAGCACUCAUCAGCGAGGAAGCUCCUACAGUCAAUGGAGGCCAGUCAGACUCCUACUCCGAGAGCAUGGACAAGGAGCCGGAGCCAGAGCCCGCAGAGGAGGUCUCCGAGAACGGGCCUUUAUUAGCAGACUCCCCACCAGUCAUUGCUGCACCGUCAAUGUGGACGCGGCCGCAGAUCAAGGACUUCAAGGAGAAGAUCCGCCAGGAUUCCGACAGCGUGAUCACGGUGGGGCGUGGCGAGGUUGUGACGGUGCGCGUCCCCACCCACGAGGAAGGAUCUUACCUGUUCUGGGAGUUUGCUACAGACUAUUAUGACAUUGGCUUUGGGGUGUUCUUUGAGUGGACAGACGCUGCCUCUGCUUCAGUCAGUGUGCACGUGUCGGAGUCCAGCGAUGAAGACGAGGACGAUGAAGGUGACCCUCCCACUGAGGAGGAGAAGGCGAAGAAGGAGGCAGGUAAGCCUCAUGUGGAUGAGAUUGUGCCGGUUUACCGGCGGGACUGUCAUGAGGAGGUGUAUGCCGGCAGCCACCAGUAUCCCGGCCGCGGAGUCUAUCUGCUCAAGUUUGACAACUCCUAUUCACUUUGGCGCUCCAAGAGUGUUUACUACAGAGUCUACUACACCAGAUAAGCCUGACUAAAGACACAAGGAGAGCCAAGGAGAGUGUUUGUUCAUAUUAUGUGUGUGUGUCGGUGGAGAUGUAUGUAAAGGCAGCCUGUGUGAAGGACUAAUUGAUCCGUUAUGGAGGAAAAACCACCAGAGGGAGACAGAGGGACACAUCUGGAUCCCUUACUUGGAGAUUUCUCCGAUGUAUUCUGUAUGUACAGGCGUGAACCCAGUUCCAGCCAUACUACACAUCUUGUUCGAGCCUUUGGGGGGAUAAAAAGAAUGUGCAUUCCUGUUGUAAAUUCACCAACUGCCCUUGCUGAACUUACAUACACAAAGCUGUACGAAUGUCCUCUAAACUUGGGUUUUACCACCUUUCCCCCUUCCCCCUUCUGGGCUCCUCCUCCUCUUCUUUCUCCUGACCACGCCAGCCCGGGACAUCCCAGGGUGGCCUUGUGUGUCUGACACCCAUUAAAACGAAUGGAAACUCGGCACGUCCAACACUGUGAGCCGACUUUUCCUGUUUGUCGGAAAUAGUGGUCGUUAAUCCCCCGAGAACACAGAUGGUUUUAGAACUCCAGUGAUACUGCGAAAUAUGCUUCAUAACACUAUGUCUUUUACAGAGAUCCUCUGGUAUGCUUAAUUACACAUUAAAGACAUCAGCGUACACAAACAUAGUCAUUAUUUUUGCUGUGAAACGAUGGUGUGUUGUUUUGUUCCAUAGUCACUAAACUUAAAUGAAGUCAGGGGAGGAUCAUUCAUCCAGAGCAAGCGUCUUUUCACAGUAUUGCUCCCUGUACAUUUUUUAUCUUCAUGACUUGAUACUGUAUCACAGGCAGAAUAGCAGUAGAUGUUCUUUAAUAUAGACUACUGGUGUAAUUUAUGAAGGACAGGUAAUACAACUACAAAAUAAUGGUCACAUAAAGUGUCACGCUCAUCAGAUUCAUCUUAAUACACAUUACAGAAAUCAACUUCUAAAUGCAGCUUUUUUUUUGUUUUCAGGCAGCUGUUUCCUCUCUUCUUUCCCAUGAUGCACCACACAACUGACUAAACAGUCAUCUGUUUAGAGUUUUAAAUCAAAUUCCUUACAAGUCACAUUAAAUGAGAUGGUGUUCAUGUUACCUGGGAGAGUUGUUUUCGUGUGCUUUUUAAGUAAUCUGUAGCACCUGACAAUAAAACGAACCAAACCAUCCACGUUCCUUCAGGUCAUGGCACACUGUUACAUCCGUGCAGAAAUCUGUGAUGCACACAUGCUGUUUCAUUUUUACUCUUUCUGGUGUGGAUUUCCUCACGUUGUCACCGGUCUUCAUCUCUGGUGUUUGGAAUAAAGGAAGACAGCUGGUUUGUGUUCUGUAUGACAUGUCGCCAACUUUCAAAUUCAUCUAAAUUUAUGCACCACUUGUUUGUUUUUGCCUCUGCUGGGUGAAUAUUUCUCUAAAAGUUGGUUUAAACCUAGGGUUUGUUCAAUGGCAAAAGCAAAAAUAUUCUUUAAGGCUUUAUCACCCUGUGCAAUGUGUGUGUCCACAUGCAAAUGAGGGUCUGUUCAACAGUUUCCGGUACUUUAAAUACACUUGGCUCUAAUGCGUUUAGUGACUUUGUCUUCAAACUGCCACAUGUAUGGCUCAGUCAACGCCAUUCCUGUACCUACAGAUGUGUUUCUGUUAAGUUUCUUAUUUCUAACCAGUUGGUUUAGUUGGUCAAGCCCUGUAUGUAAAUACUUCAAGAAAUGGGUUAAUGUGUGUGGGCGGGAGGAAGGGUUUAGACUUGGAAGAAGGCGAUGGUUUGGCAAAUCAAUGCACUGUAUUAUAAGGUGAAUGAGAUUUUCAUUGUCCUCCAUAACCUCUUAAAAGUAUAAGACUUGGUAUGACAGAAAGCUUAUCUUUAUUGUUUUACUUUUUUUUUUUUUGAAUUCCUAAAUUGCAAAAUCAUUUUUGGGCAUAUAUUUAAUCUUGAUUAAACGUCAUCUUCUGAA